GCCACAUUCCCAUGCACAAAACAAAUCAAGCUACUCUCAAAUUAAACUUCCCAUAUCAAAAUGAAGCACAUAUCUAGCUCCAUGGAAAUUUCAGAAAUGGGAGCAGAGAGGCACGAGAAAGAGGAAAUGCAUAACAAGGCAACUGUGGAAGCACUCUACAAGGCCCUUUUAGGGCAAGGCCAAAUGGACACGGUUGCAACAAACAUGCUAGCAAGUGACCUCGAGUGGUGGUUCCAUGGCCCCCCUCAGUGCCAGCACAUGAUGAGGGUGCUCACCGGAGAGACCACCCUCGACAACAACGGGUUCCGGUUCGAGCCAAGGAGCGUCACCGCCAUCGGCGAUUGCGUGAUCGCCGAGGGGUGGGAAGGCAAGGCCUACUGGGUGCAUGUUUGGACCGUGAGGAAUGGCCUUAUCACGCAGUUUAGAGAGUACUUCAACACAUGGCUUGUGGUCCGGGACUUGAGGUCUCAAAGGUGGGAAAACAAGCUUGACAACAUGACAUUGUGGCAAAGCCAGCCGCGUGAUCUAUAUCGUCGGUCCCUGCCAGGACUUGUGCUAGCCAUUUAGCUACAAGAGAGAAAUGCUAGCAAUGUACUAAAAAAAAAACAAAGAGAAAUUAUUAUAUAGACUAAGACCAUAGUGUGUUUGUAAUCCUGAUGAAUCUAAAUGUGACAAAAUUAAGUUUUAUUAACUCUGUCACGUUCAGAUUGAUCAGAACUAUAGACAUGUAGUAGUGGUCACCGACUAUACAAUAAAUUCUCCAUAAGAUGAAAUUUAUGUGAGGUUUAUUAGUUUUGUUUAAAUUAAGUGUGUUAUUAUUUACCAAAACCUUCAUGAAUUUGAUCCAAUAACGGAAAGUGUUUUGAAAAGAGUAUGUUGAUGGUAUAGGUCUUGGGUGAAGUUCAAGGAUGUGAAAUUGUGGGCAAAAUAAUAGCUUGGGAUGUAACCUUUGCAGGGUUGUGUACCUGUGGUCAACUCAACCACAUUGAGUUUUGGUACAUAUUUGGUUUGUGUAACUGAUUAAUAGAAAAUGACGGUCGGUUAAAACUAAAAA